GAGAAAUUUUGAAUCGGAUUAGGGCAAAAUUCCUACACAAUUAUAUUGCGCAUUUAUACAUUCUCCCUUCGAAUUUGAGAUCUAACAACUCAAAUUUUAGGGUUCCAAAUAGAACAAUUUGGCUUCUUUGGUGGGUUCUUGAAAGUUAGAAGUGGGGAGGAGUGUGAAUGUUUGUGAUGGGAUGACCAGAACUGGUGUUUCCAUUGCCCCCUGUCUGUUUCCCGUUGCACAAAAGUCAAGAAGUCCAUAUUAUAUAUAUGGUCUUUUUCAAUUCCCUUUCAUAGUAUAAAAUGGCCUAACAAGUUCACAUUAUAGUACAGCCAUACCGAGUAUGUUUUUUCUAUGUGGUAUAAAUCUGAGAGCCUUAUCAUCAGCUAUAUAUGGAAUUAUACCUCUUUGUACCUUAAAGAACAACAGUUGUUGUAAGAGUGUUUUUUUGUGUGUUUGUUUGAUGAUGGUGUCUUCAACUAACUUGGUCUUGUUGUUGUUGUUGUUACUGUUUUCAUCAUUGCUCAUACUCAUCUGCCUCACAUCUCAUUGUUCCAUGGUGGUGGCAAAGCCACUGUCUUUGAAGAAGAAACGUUGCCGCGACGAAGAGUUGGCUGCCUUGCUCCAAUUCAAGCGCGGCAUGGUUGCCCCCACCGAUCCCUGUUAUGAUGACCCAGUAGCAGGAACAUGGAGAGAAGGAGAUGACUGUUGCUCGUGGGAUGGCGUGGAGUGCGAUGCCCGAACAGAUCAUGUCAUCAGCUUGGACCUGAGUGAAUGUUGCCUCUAUUCUUUCAUAAACUCCAGCAGUUCCCUCUUUACCCUCACUCACCUCCAGAGGAUCGACCUCUCAUGGACUUAUUACAUGGACAGCUCUCCUCACAUACCGUCCGCUAUCGGAAACCUCUCCAGUCUCACUCAUCUCAAUUUGUCUAAUUCCAACUUUGUUGGCGAAAUCCCACGAGAGCUCUCAAAUAUUACCACUUUGGUGUCCCUUGAUCUAUCUUCUUAUGGAAAUAACUAUCUAGUAAUGAAACUCCAAAGUUUGGAAGGACUAGUUCGACACAUGAUCAAUUUGAAGGAGCUCCAUCUAUCAUUCGUGAACCUCCCUUCUUCUUCUUCUUCUUCAGGUGUGCCUCACCUCCUCUCAAAUUUCUCAUCUUUGGAAUCUCUACGACUUGGUGGUUGCGAACUACAAGCUGACUUUCCCGUGGCCAUUUUUGAUCUUCCAAAACUCAAGAUGCUCGAUAUAAGUGGCAAUCGUGAUCUCAAAGGCUAUUUGCCCAACUUCCGUUUGGGGAGUCCUCUUAAAUCGUUGCUGCUCUCUGAUACAAGUUUUGGGGGAGCGUUGCCUCCCUCCAUUGGAAACCUUGCCUCUAUGGAACAACUAGAAAUCUACAAUUGCAAAUUUACAGGGAAGCUUCCGAUGUCACUAGGUAAUCUUACCCGAAUUGCUACUUUCGAGGAAGCAAUGAUCUGGGAAGGUAAUCACUUCAGCCCCGAUAGUCUUACUAAAACUUCAUUGUCAUGGAUCGGUAAGCUCACCAAACUCACUGGUUUGGACUUCAGAGAUAUGAGCUUGAUGGGUGAGAUCCCAUCGUGGCUCAUGAACCUCACCCAACUUACUUACCUAUACAUGGAUCGUAAUCGACUUACUGGCCCGGUCCCUUCUUGGCUUAUGAGUCUCCCUCAGCUUGUGCGUAUCGAUUUGUCUCAUAAUCAAUUAACUGGUCAACUCCUGUCCCAAUUUAGUCACCUAAUUGAGGAGUUGGACGUUUCAUAUAAUAAUUUGGAAGGUUCGCUUCCCACCAAUCUAUCCACUCUCAAUAACCUUUAUGAUCUUUCACUUAUGUCUAACAGGUUUGUUGGUUCCCUGGAGCUAAGCUUAUUCUCUCGCCUUAAAAGUUUAUAUAGUUUAGGUUUGUCAUAUAAUAAUUUUUCAUUGAGUGUAAAAAACAUUAGCACAGAAAAUGUCGUCCCCUUUCCAAACUUGACGUUUUUAGAUUUGGCUUCAUGCAAUGUCUCCGAAUUUCCUACAUUCUUGCACACCAACAAAAAUAAUACAGUUUUUCAUCUAGAUCUUUCUGGUAACAGUAUCACAGGCCAAAUCUCUUCAUGGGUUUUUGAUCUCGGUCAAAAUCUUCAUGGAAAUGGAAUCAAUUUGUACCUCUCUCAUAACCUUUUGACUGGUUUUGAACGACAACAUCCUCUCUUUCAUCCUCGGGGUUUAAUAAGAACUUUGGACCUUAGACAUAAUAUGCUACAAGGAUCCCUCCCAAUCCCACCACCUCCCUCCAUUUACACUUUAGAAUCCUAUCUAAUUUCAAACAAUUACUUGUCUGGAGAAGUCUCAAAUCUCAUUUGCAGCUUUCGAGACAUUUGGCUCCUUGAUUUGUCAUUCAAUCGAUUCAGUGGAAAGCUUCCCCAAUGUUUGAGCAAUUUCAGCCAAUCCCUUUCAUCGUUGGACUUAAAAGGAAACAAAUUUGAGGGAAAUAUUCCUUCGGCGUGGGGAAAUGGAUGCCAACUCCAAAUGAUUAGUACGAGCCACAAUCAAUUACAGGGGCAGUUGCCUAGGUCAUUAGCCAACUGUUCCUCACUGGAGUUCGUUGAUUUUGGUAACAACAAGAUAACUGAUACUUUUCCCUCAUGGUUAGGCACAAUUACUUCAUUGAGUGUCCUUAUCCUGCGAUCUAAUAGAUUGCAUGGUGCCAUUGAAGAUGAUUUGGGAAGCAGUGAUGGAUUCUCAAACCUUCGAGUCUUCGACUUAUCCAACAAUAAUUUCAGAGGGAAUUUGCCAUCAAAGUUCAUUAACAUGGCGAACCCAAUGCGAGCCUUUAAUGCAAGUCGCAAGAUGGAAUACAUGACCGCGUACCUCCAUACUUCACAGGAAGUUAACUCAUUCAAUUACUCAAUGACAAUGAAUGUCAAGGGUUCUGAUUUGAAUUAUCCCAUGAUUCCUGACAUUUUUUGUGCCUUAGACUUCUCUGCUAACAAUUUUGAUGGAUGGAUUCCUGGUGUGUUUGGAGAUCUGGCAGGGCUUCAGGUGUUAAAUCUUUCUAGAAACAAUCUCAGCGGUCGCAUACCAUCUUCUUUUUCAAACAUGAAGAGUUUAGAGUGUUUGGAUCUCUCCCGAAACCAACUCUCAGGACACAUUCCCACAGAGCUCACAAAACUCACCUCUCUUUCAUCAUUUGACGUGUCCUUUAACAAUCUCUCUGGCCCUAUACCACAAGGAAAUGAGUUCUGUACCUUUGAAUCCAACCCAUAUGAAGGGAACCCUGGAUUGUCCCUUAAGCCCUCGGAUAAGCAGUGUGGAAAUGCAAGGUCUUUGCCUCCACUGCAGCAUCCUCCAUCCCCUCCAGAUGAUGGCGAUGACGACGACGAAGAUGACUCAGAAUCUGAGUUUAAAAUGAAGUGGAUGAUAAUUUCGAUUGGAUUCGUCAGUGGGUUGGUUGGUGGAGUGAUCGUUGGGAACGAGUUGACCACAAGAAAGCACUAUUGGUUCGUCAAGACUUUUGCAAAGAUACAGAGAUGGCAGGCAAAGAUCAGUUGUGUUUCGAAAGGGAAAGAGAAAUAAAUGGUUGUGUGUAUAUAUGUGUUUGUACUCCUACUUUUGCAGUAUUAGUGUUUUGUUUGUUCUCUUCUGUUGAAUGUUUUAUUACUCGUCCAAGAAUGCAAUAAGAUGUUAGAAAGCAUCUGAUGUUUUGUGUGUUAAUACUAAGAUUGAAAAAAGUUUUUUUUGGCGUGCAGUAAUGGUUCUUGUUUUGUUGGUUCAGUUUAGUCCGGUACAGUUCAAUAUGGGUAACCACUAAGAAUCUGAAAUGUUAACUUAUGCUCAUUCUGUGAAUUGUUUUUUUUAAUAACUAAUCAGAAAGAAAAAGGCAUUUGCAGA